AUGAUGCCCUCGACGCGUACAGCGGCCUCAAUGGCCCUCCGAGUCAAACCCUCGACGUCAAUCGUUCCCUUCCGCGCCGCCGCGGCCUCCGUGGCAGCCGACUCUCGCCGCAACGCCAGCUCCCUUACCCCCCUCGCAGCGGGCAACAGUCUGUCCAAGGCGCGCAAGGAGGUUCCCCUCGCCAGUGAGGAGGGUACAAAGGGAGUUGUCCAAUAUGCCCUAACCACCCUCGACAUCAUGACCAACUGGGCCCGCCAAUCCUCCCUCUGGCCCAUGACGUUCGGCCUCGCCUGCUGCGCCGUCGAGAUGAUGCACCUCUCCACCCCCCGAUACGACCAGGAUCGGCUGGGCAUCAUCUUCCGCGCCUCCCCUCGCCAGUCGGACGUCAUGAUCGUGGCCGGAACCCUGACCAACAAGAUGGCCCCGGCCCUCCGCCAGGUCUACGACCAGAUGCCCGAUCCCCGGUGGGUCGUGUCCAUGGGCUCGUGCGCCAACGGCGGCGGCUACUACCACUACUCGUACUCGGUCGUCAGGGGUUGCGACCGCGUCGUCCCGGUCGACAUCUACGUCCCCGGGUGCCCGCCCACCAGCGAGGCCCUCAUGUACGGUAUCUUUCAGCUGCAGCGUAAGAUGCGGAACACCAAGAUUACCAGGAUGUGGUACAGGAGGUGA